AUGGCGGAGGAACAAACGCAACAAUCACUGGAUACGGAAGCACCACCACCACCCUCUCCAACUCUUUCCGAGGAGUUUGGCGGCGAUUUUAUCAUCUACAAUCGGCCGCCUAUCAAGGAAGUCUGCCUCGCUUUCCUCCUGCUGGCACUUGGAGCCUUAGGGAUCAUUGUGGGAUCAUGGAUGACGUACCACAAAGUGUGGGGAGAUCGCUCCCACGGAAUCUCUUUUAUUAUAUUGGGCGUUCUACUCUUUAUACCCGGUUUCCACGAAAGUCGCAUUGCCUACUUCGCAUUCAUCGGUUACAAAGACUUUUCAUUCUCCAAUAUACCAGCAGUCUAG